AUGAAGUGCUUGUUUCCAAGCCAGGACGAUCUGCCGAUACAAUCACACCGAUUGAGGUGGCUCAUAAAGAUCGACUAUUAUGAUGGCUUUCGUGACAAGAGCUCCGACCUACUAUUCACAACACACAGGCUUGGACGGCUUCUCAAGGUGCUUCAGGCCCUCCAUAAACAGACCCUCGAUAAACGAAUCUUUGAUACGCAGCCCGCCUCGCCUGCCAACCAAGACCUAGAUCUCGGCAUCAUACGCGACUAUAUAGAAGAUGUCAAAGAACUCAUCAAGGAGCUCGAGAGUGAACUAGACAGGUUCCGUUCAACUAAACACGCAGGAGCGCAUUUCGAGUUACGGACAGCUGGCCGACGCCUCGUAUACCCCCUACGACGGAGCACACUGCAGAAACUGGAUGAGAAUAUAGAUACGCUCACCAAAGAUCUAUCUUUUGCUCUAAAAGUGCUUGAGAGGGAUGAUACUGAUCAAAUCCUGAGCGACCUCGGGGACACCAAGGCCCUUCUGCAUCUAACACGAGCUAGCCAAGUUUCACAGACUCUCAUCGCCUGGCUUAAAGCUCCAGAUGCCUCUAUCGACUUCAAUGAAGCUGCAGAAAAGAAGCACCCCAACACAGGAAACUGGCUCAUCAAAGGCUCUGCUUUUACUUCCUGGCUUGAAACGCCUCAUUCAUUCCUCUGGCUGGUUGGCUUUGCAGGAUGUGGAAAAUCUGUUCUCUGCUCUACAGCCAUCAGAGCUGCUCUGGUAUACCGUAGAGGCAACCCACAUAUCGGCAUCGCCUAUUUUUACUUCACUUUCAAUGAUCAAAGCAAACAAGAUGCUUAUGCAAUGCUGCGGACCUUGAUACUGCAACUAUCGAGCCAAGCCAAUGGCAAUCACAGCGUUCUCUCCCGACUCCACGACGAAUACCCUACUGCUGCCCCCCCUCGAAAAGCUCUUUUAUACUGCCUUCGUCAGUUAAUUCAAGGUUUCAAUGACGUUUAUAUCGUCACAGACGCUUUGGAUGAAAGUCCAAAAGAUACGCAUCGCGAGACAGCGCUCGGCAUCAUAACUGAACUACGCGCUUUGCCAGAACCUGAACUGCACCUUGUUGUGUCGAGCAGAGAUGAGCCUGACAUUACAGAGAGUCUAGAGGCGAAACCCGAGGAAGUGAUUGGGAUGAAGAAUGAGUCAGUUGAUCGAGAUAUUGAGAGUUUCAUAUCCCAGCACCUAAAGGAAAACCGACGCCUUCGCAAGUGGGAGGCAUACCAUAAGCAAAUCGAGGAGGCAUUGACAAAGGGUGCUCAAGGCGUCUUUCGUUGGGUUGAAUGCCAGUUCAAGGAACUAGCCAGCUGCCCACGAAGCGAAGACCUCCUUGAAAAGCGGCUGGAAUCGUUGCCACCAACACUCGACGAAACGUAUGCUCGCAUGCUCAGUAGAAUUCCCCAUGACUACCGAGAGUAUGCUAGACAAAUACUGGCCUUACUCUGUUGUGCUGAGCGGCCACUUACGGUGGAAGAGCUCGCCGUUGCAGUUGCCUUUCAUCCAGAGGAUAACCCUAGAUUCAACGCAAAGCGUAAGCUUGAAGACGUCAACGCUAUACAUGAAGCCUGUCCCGGCUUUGUUUAUAUCUCAGACAACAAAACGGCACGACUCGCUCAUUUCUCUGUCCGGGAGUACUUGGAGUCAGACCGUAUCCUCCAGGAUAGUGAUGCAACAGCCAUCAGUAUCAAGCCACAGGAUGCCAAUACGCUGAUGACUAGCAUUUGCCUCUCUUUCUUUUUAGAUCUGACGGUACCGAUAUCAGAUCCUCGUAAAGCACCUCUAACAACAUAUGCAGCCCGAAAUUGGCCGGACCAUUUUCGUCGCGUCGACACGACUACCAACCGCCAUCGCCUUGAAGAGCAAGUCUUCCAACUUUUCAGCAGCGACGAUGAUUCUUUCGAAUCUUGGGCCAAAGCAUGCAUUUUGUGGCCAUACCAUGAUUCUUUUUCUAUUCCAACUCCUUUAUGCGCCAGUGUGGUACUAGGGCUCGAAGGUAUUACUACGAGGCUCAUUGAGGUAGCCGACGACACAUCCCUUACCUUCGCGAGAGACGCAACAGCAGCGCUUAGGAUGGCAUCUCGUAAAGUGCACAGAAGGAUUGUUGAGUUAUUACUGCAGCAUGAUGCAGACAUUGAUAUGAGUAAAGCACUAUUUGAGGCUACCAAGUCCGGUCAUAAAAAUAUCAUUCAGCUACUUUUGAAUCAAGGCGCUGAAAUCAAUCCAUAG